UCGUCGGGGGCCUCACCUGUCGUGGUCUCCGCGGUGGUCGUCGGCGCCGCAGUCGUGGGUCGUCGAGGGGGCGCGUCGCCAUGCUGCCGGGGUGGGCGCAAGCGCCGCCGUCGACGCGGCAUUGCCCGCCGUUGCUGUCGGGGUCGCUGCGCGUCCCUGUCCGAUGUUGUCCACGUCCUGGCUUCGUCUUGAGUGCCUCGCGUCGGCAGGCGCCCGAGUACAUCUGGCACCUGUGCCGUGGGCCGUACGUGCAUCCGACCGCGGUGUCGGUGCGGGAGUUCCUGCUGCAGAGCGAGGACUGGAUGGUCAUGGCUUUCUACGACGCGUCCGGCACCCCCGUGCCGCAGCCGCCCCCGCUCUUGCACCGGCUGGCCUUCGAGUCGGACGCCUUCCGCCGGAGGUCCAUGUUCGACGGCGUCGCGCCGAGCAAGGCAGAUUGGUGGGCGUUUUCGCAGCGCUUCGUGGACGGCCUCGCCUCGUGUGGCGUGAAGCCCCGCGUUGUUGGCAGCAGCUGCCAGAGGCAGGAUUGGGCUUGCACGGCCGGGACAACCCCGUCAUCACGCCCUCGGACAUCGCCCGCAUAUUUCAAGAUGCUGGAAGGUCCAGGGCGGAACGGGUGGACUGACGCGGCCAGCCGAGCCCGGAGGGGCUGAAUGUGAGGAGCGAGCGCUGUCACACGGAGGGCAGAUCUUGGAGCUUCGCGCUCGAAGAGUGCCUGCGGCGAGGAGGCUGCCGUCUGUCUGGACUUCGUAGGGCGCGCCUGUCCAGCCAGACGUGGCUCGACAGCACUGCCCCUGCAC